AUGUUUCUUAAGGCGAUUUGUUCGUGCUGCUCAAGGCACCACCGACGAGGUUUCAUCAAUGCAGUUGGAAUGCUUGGCCAACUUCCUUGCCGAAAUACUCUUUUAGAAUACAGUAUGCUUUGCUACGCACCAUCACUUGUGGCUGCCUCGGCGAUCUUCUUGGCAAAGUUCAUACUUCUUCCAACUAAGAGACCAUGGAACUCCACCUUGCAGCAUUAUACACAUUAUCAGCCAUCCGACCUUGUCGACUGCGUUAAGGAUUUGCAUCGCCUCUGCUGUAACACCCACAAUUCUAGCUUACCAGCCAUCAGAGAGAAAUACAGCCAGCAUAAGUACAAACACGUGGCGAAGAAGUACUGCCCUCCGACGAUACCUCCGGAGUUCUUCCAGAAUCAAACACAGUAA